AUGCCGCUGUACCGACCAGCUGGUAUGAGUGGCCGCUGGGCAGGACCGGUGCUUACUGCCAAACCAAAUCUGGCAGUGCUGCAAUUCAGCUUGCAGAGCGAUGGAUUCCUUCAUUUCAACUACUCAGCCAGUGCGCCAACCAGCAUCGGCUACGCGAUGACCGUUCAGAAGUUGCACAGCGGCCGCUCUGUCGUACCGGCAAGCUCUGAUAACGAAGAUCUCUUUCUACCAAUGCAGCUAGUUCGAAGUUCUAGAGUGGACUUGGCAAUAUCAGGAGCUCCUGAUGGAUAUGAACGAGACAUGUUCAAGAUCAACGGGCAGUUCCCAGGACCUUUGUUGGAGGUUGAUCAGGGAGAUAAUGUCGUGAUUUUUGUGAAGAACGAGUCUCCAUACAAUACGACCAUACAUUACCAUGGUAUUGAGAUGCUGGACACGCCUUGGUCCGAUGGCGUCCCUGGCCUAACCCAAAGUCACAUUCAGCCAGGAUGUGCAUUCACCUACAAGUGGACUGCCACCCAACAUGGCUCGUUCUUUUACCAUUCCCACUCGGAAAGUCAGAUCAACGACGGCCUCUACGGCCCAAUUACUAUCCACCCGAAAGCCAGCAAUGUGACACCGUACAGUCUCAUUACACAAGAUCCAGUAUCUCUCCAUGCCAUCGAGCAAGCCGAGAGACAUCGGGUCCCCAUGGUCCUAUCUGAUUGGCGUCACAUCACUUCGGAUGUCGAAUGGGAAAUCUCUCUCAAGUCAAGACUCGAGCACAUCUGCUUUGACUCCAUCUUAGUCAAUGGGAAGGGCAAGGUCAACUGUCUUACUCAGGAGCAGAUGAAGCCUUUGACAACCCCUGCUCAAGCUCAGUUCCUAAGUCUCGUGAAUGGUUCUCAUCUGACAGAUAAAGCGUGUUUGCCUCCCAAGGUCCUAGCAGCGAUCGCUCCACCUGGUUCACCACCUGCAGACCUGGGUGUUAUUCCGGAUGAUCUGUUCAACGAGUGCACCCCGACUGAUGCGCCGGCGGAUGUCAUCACCGUUACGAAAAAGAAAUGCGAUGCUGAAAAGUGGGUCAUGUUUGACCUCAUUGCCGCCUUUGGACUUUACACAGUCCAAGUCUCGAUUGACGAGCUGGACCUGACAGUCAUCGCUGUCGACGCAAACUUUAUCGAACCGAUCAAAGCCAACUCCAUCUUGAUGACCAAUGGCCAGCGCUAUACCGUGGUCACUAAGCUUGACAAGCCCAAGAAGUACACUCUGCGCAUCAGCAGUGUUAUCGACCCUCAAAUCAUGUUCGGGACCUCCAUCAUAGACUUUCAGGUCGAAGGACAGGAGCAAGAUACCACAGCAUCCGUUCCUUUCAUAAACGAGCGUGGCACCAACCUCACGGCUGAUGUUGUCUAUUUCGAUGGCUUAAAGGGGGUGAUUCCAUAUCCUCCUAGCCCCAUACCACAGGAUGUAGAUGCCACAUACAAGGUCAAGAUGCAGGUUGACCAGACCCUCAACAUGUGGGCGUUCAAUACUACCAAGCGACCGCAAUACCUUGAUGAUGUGUCGCCUUUGCUCUUUAGCCCCGUCUCAGGACUGCAGGAUAACCACACGAUCACAGUGCCCUCCGAGAUGUCCUGGGUCGACUACGUGAUGCAAGUCUCCACAGGUCAGCCGCCUCACCCGGUGCACAUCCACGGGAGGCACUUCUACGUCCUUGGUCAAGGCUCUGGUUCAUUCAACUGGUCCACCACAGCGGAGGCAGCGGCCGCUAUGCCCGAGGCCUUCAACCUGGUCAACCCGCCACUGCGCGAUACGUACCCCACACCGGCGGCGGCAACCGCUCCGAGCUGGCUUGUGUUGAGACGACCAAGCGAUAACCCUGGGGUGUGGCUCAUACACUGUCACAUCCAGUCGCAUCUCCAGGGUGGGAUGAGUAUGGCUAUCCAGGACGGCACUGAUGACAUGCCUGCUGUGCCAGAGGAGUAUCUUGGGUACCAAUGUUCUGCUCAAUAG